UUUGUGAACACGGGGAACACAAUAUGUAUUUGCAAGAAAGAUAAGCGAGAACUUUGUUAUUUGCGUUAAAUUAUCAACUUGAGCUUUAAUAAAGUUCCUUUGUGUUAGUAGAUAUAUUUUGAAAAAAAUGGCGGAGGACAUCAACUUAGCUGCACUUCCAGACAUCGGUUUGGAGAAAAGAGAUGGCUUGAAAUCUGCAUUAGAAGCACUAAAAUCAAGUCCUCGCUUUUGUUUUUGUUUGCUUAAAAUAACAAAUAGUGACGCUCAUUUGUGUUCCAGAUAUGGAUUUUCCGGUGCAACGUGCGAAACUAAGAAGAGUUUUGAAAUGGAAGAUGAAGAUGCAGAAAAGAAAAGCAAUUCAAGCAAAGAGAUAUAUCCAUUUAUUGACAUAUUUCAAAAUGGACAUAACAUUUUGAAGAAAUAUUUGAACGACCAAUCAUAUAUUCCUAACAAUCACUCUGAAAAAAUUGCACUGGAAAAACUUUUGUCAUUAUUACUGGAAAUAGAAGAUUUGGGAGAAAAAAUGUCAUAUGAAAUGCCUGAGUUGAAGACAUGCAAGAACAAAUCAUCUUGGACUGUGAGGUUGGCCCAUCAUAUUCUUUCACCAUUGGCAGUGUAUCAACAAUAUGUAAUUGAUGACACUUAUGAAAGUAAAUGUGAUAUAUGCCACUGUUGUAAAGAACAUAUAUCUGGAGAUUAUGGAGACACUAGUAUAGGAAACAAAAAUGUAUGGCAUGGAAGUUUAGAUAUCCUUAUUGGAAGAAGAGUUGGAAUAAGUAUUCAUCAUGAAGAAAUAUUUGAUGACAGUGACAGUAAAGAAAAUUCAACUUCAUCUCCAUUUGAAGUAAAAGAUGGUGAUUCCUUAGUUGGUGAUAGACAGCAAAUAAUUGCAGAAUCUAUUGUGUUUGCCUUUCUGCAGAAAAAGAUAAAUCCUGAUUUAAAACAAUUCUUGAUCCCAACCAUAGGUAUGUCAAAAACAGAUGUUCUGUUUUAUCUCUAUGAUCCUGACCAUGAUGUUCUGCUGGAGAGUCCACCUUUCUUUAUUUUUGAAAGUAAAGGAGAGAUAUCAUAUAUAACAAUUCUUGCUUUGUGGCUUGCAGUAAAUCAUCCAAUACUCGGUACAGGAAUCACUACUCACAUCAAGGAUAGAUCAUUUACGGCUGACUUUCUUAAACAUUUGGAAAAUAAGAAGGUUGAAGCUAUAUAUGAAAAUGAAAUUCAAUUAGGACAAUUGAACGGAGAAAUAAGGUAUGAUCCUUACCAUUUUCCAGAUUAUGGUGGGCGCUGGAUAGUCAAGAAAGGUGGUAAACCACUAAUAGAAGCAGAUGAAGAUGUUUUGUGAUUGUGAUAUAUUUGUGUGGAAAGAUAGUGCUGGUGCAUUGACUAUCUAGUAUUAUUAUACCCCCGCACAACAAAGUUGUAAGGGGGGUAUACUGGAAUCAGCUUGUCCGUCCGGCCGUCCGUCGGUUUUUUCUUGUCCGUCCAAUAACUUAAGAUUCCUUUGACCCUUAGUCUUCAUAUUUGGUAUGGAGGUUAGUCAUGAUUAGUAGAUGACCCCUAUUGAUUUUGAGGUAACUAGGUCAAAGGUCAAGGUCACAGAGGCCUUGACUUCAAAAAGCUUGUCCGCCUAAUAACUUAAGAUUCCUUUGACC